AUGGCAGCCUGGAAUGUUCCUUCCUGUUUGCACAAUCCAAGAACCAACCGGCCGGAACGGAGGACGAUGAUAGUGGCUCAGGAGCUGGCGCAUUACAAGGUGGACAUCGCCACACUCAGCGAGAUCUGUUUCUCCGAACAAGGCCAACUGCAGGAAGUGCGUGCCGGCUGCACCUUCUUCCGGAGCAGUCGACCCAAAGCAGAGCGACGAGAAGAGGACACCCCCAUCGUCCCCCGGAAUGACAUCGUGGGACGACUGUCCUGUCUGCCACAGAGCGUCAACGAUCGCCUAAUGAGCCCCCGCCUGCCUCUCCAGGGAGAUGAACUCGUCACCAUCAGCAGUGUCUACGCCCCACCGAUGACCGGCCCUGACAAGGCGAGGGACAAAUUCUACGAGGACCUGCACGCCGUCCUGACGUCUGUGCCGAAGGCGGAUAAGUGGAUUAUCCUUGGUGACUUCAACGCCCGCGUCGGUGCGGACCAUGUUGCCUGGAGAGAAGUGCUGGGUCCCCAUGGUCUCCAAGGCUCCAAUGGCAAUGGCCUGCUCCUACGAACCUGCGCAGAACACCGCUUCAUCCUAACCAACACUUCCUUCCGCCUUCCGAGACGAGAAGAGGCCACCUGGGUGCACACUUGGUCGCAACACUGA